AAGCUUCUACCACGCAAUAAUUAUUAGUGACACUGACUUUGGUUUGCCCAAGAUUCUCACUUCUGUCUCACUUCAGUUUCACUUCUCAUACUCCCAAAACCAACCAACAAUGGCUGCAAAUCCUCCUCCUCCUCGGGCACCACCUGAAAACGAACCCUCAGACCUCCCUCAAGUCCUAGUCCUGAAACCACCACCUGUCCUCAACGCUUUCUGGGACCAUUUCACGAAAAGGUUCCAAAUUCUCAAAGUGUGGGAGUCUCCACUCCCUGUAGACCAAUUCUUGGCCACCCAUGCACGCUCAAUUCGGGCCCUUCUAUGCGCCGGCACCGGCCCUCCCAUCACAGCUGAAAUUAUACGGCUGCUCCCGUCGCUCAGGCUCGUUGUCACCACUAGCGUCGGCCUCAACCACAUCGACCUGACCGAGUGCCGGAGGCUUGGAAUCGCUGUAGCCGAUGCUGGAGAUGUGUUCUCUGAGGAUGUUGCGGACAUGGCGGUGGGGCUGUUGAUUGAUGUGCUGAGGAAGGUUUCGGCUGCUGAUCGGUAUGUGAGAAAAGGGCUUUGGGCUGCUAAGGGGGAUUACCCACUUGGGUCUAAGUUAGGAGGCAAGCGAAUUGGGAUUGUUGGAUUGGGAAGCAUUGGCUUCCUAGUGGCAAAAAGGCUUGAGGCCUUUGGUUGCAGCAUCUCAUACAACUCGAGGAAGAGGAAGGUAUUUGUGUCGUACCCGUUCUAUACAAAUGUCUGUGAGCUUGCAGCUAAUAGCGAUGCCCUUAUUAUAUGUUGUGGAUUGACUGAUCAAACCCGGCACAUGAUUAAUCGGGAAGUUCUAUUGGCAUUGGGGAAGGAAGGAGUCAUUGUCAAUAUUGGACGUGGAGCUAUUAUUGAUGAGAAGGAAAUGGUGCAGUGUUUGGCGGAAGGACAGAUUGGAGGUGCCGGUUUGGAUGUGUUUGAGAAUGAGCCUAAUGUUCCUAAGGAGCUCUUUGCAUUGGAUAAUGUUGUCUUGGAGCCGCACUUGGCUGUCUUUACACCAGAAUCUUUCAAGGCUUUGCGUGAUCUAAUGAUUGGGAAUUUGGAAGCUUUCUUUUCUAACAAACCCUUGCUCUCUCCAGCCAUAGAUGAAUGAGUAAUGGAUUCAGUUCGCAGAAACAUGUUGCAAAAUGGAGCCUAAAUUGCAAGUUUGUUUGAUCCCUUUGGUGAUGGAUACAGGAUAUAGGGAUUGGUGUAGUGAAGAAGUCAAUGUUUGGAAGAAAAAAAAUGAGCUAUUGUAUUUCUAAGAUUAGGAGCAUGCAGUACAAAUUCUGGUCGUGUUUAAUAGGCGGAUGAAGUACUAGCGAAAACUGCUCUUAGAUAUUAGCUAUAUAUUACAUUCAGCAAGGGUUCACAAACUGCACAAUUAGCAGUGUGCCUACAUAAAAAAUUAUUCAAGCAGAGUAUUUUGGGCUAUAGAAGAUGUUUUAUAACGAAGUGUUUCCAGCAAUGGGGAAGGAAUGAAGAGUAGUCAAAACACAGUAUUUUGGGGUAUAUCUGAUGAGAAGGAAUUUGUUUGG